AUGAUGGAGCCAACACCGCCGCCGCCGUUGACGCCGAUACGUACCCAUACCAUGUCACCAGUCGAGUCGCCCAGUCCCACCCACUCGUUCCGCGAGCACCUCCGGCGACGGACGAGCAGCUUCUCUUCCAACCACGACCGGAGCCCCGUCGCCACCACACCGCGAUCGAGUCGCCGCUUCUCCCACGUGUCUGUGUCGAGGUUGUCGGGCGAGUUUGGUACGCCGGUGGAUGAAGGCAGCGGGCUAGGUAAUCUGGCCGAUGAGUUGGACCAGCUUGACGACGACGACGACGAGUUUGUCGAAGGGGAGACACUGGACACGCUGCAGGGCUUGCACGAGCAGCCAGAGGCCGACGAAGCAUCGCGCGACUCCGGCAUCGGCAUUUCGUACAAGGACGCUGCGGCCGCUAAGAGCAACACAGCGAACCAUGUGCGGAACUUCUCGAAACCCUUCACUGGCAAAGUAGAGAAGCCACCAGACGAGGAAGAGGAGGAAGAUGGAGAAGAGGACCGCUUUACGCCGGAUCUGGAGGACCUCAUGCACACCAUUGCACGCAUGACAAGUUACACAUCUACGACAGAAGAUCCGCUCAUACCACGUACAAUUGGCCUCUUGCAGGACCUUGGGAACCAAACAAGUCUCGAGGCCGCGACGCAACGAUACACGACAUCUACCAACAGCCUGACUGCGCAUCUCGCCAGUCAGAGCAGGAGCUUACAGGCACUGGUGCAGACACUGUACCCCAUGUUCGCUUUCACCGCACCUUUGGAUCCGGCCAUCAUCGAAGAGACCCUUCCCUUGGUCGAUGCACUCUCGACCGAGAUUCCACAGCCGGAUGUGAUAACCCUGCAAAAGCUUCAGAAAUUGGACCGAGAGACGGCAGAUGUGGUGCAUGCCCUGUCCCAGCUCACCGACACACUUCAAAUGGGCAAACAGAGCACAGCGGCCGCAGCGCGACAUCUCCGCAGUACACAGACUCUGGUCGAAGAUCUACGCCUGGAACAUGAAAGAGCGGAUAUAGCGCGGCAUGAAUUGACGAAGAGCGAUUGGGAGGAUCGAUUGCGAACUCGUUGGUGCGCAACAGAAUGCAAGGACAUCAUAUCUGGCUUCGAAGAUAGAUGCAAUGCUUUGCGCGGUGAUUUGGAACAGGCGAUUCAGGCUGGAGCUUGA